CAGGACUCAUCCAUGAUCCAAGGCCCAUUGUACAUGAAGCCCAACAACCCUAAACUCAUAUUUCAGUUCUUCCCUUCAACGCUUCCAGAAUGUUGAAACCCUAAACAUGAAAAUCCGUCCAAAAAUGUCGGAUAACAUUCCGUUCGAACUCCAGGCUGAAAUCAUCAAAAGGGUUCUUCCUGUCAAAUCUUUGAUUCGGUUCAGAUCCGUUUCAAAGCAAUGGAAGUCUCUGAUCGAUAGCUCUGAAUUCAUCACUCAUCACACCCUCAACAACAAGACUCAGCCGCAACAUCUACUGGUAAGAUACCCUAACGGUUCUGAGAUAAAAUAUGUUUCGAUUGUUGAUGAUGACAGUUUUCCCCGACACAAGUUUUCUCCCACUGUUUCUCCGACUGCUAAGCUACUUACCCAUCCUCGAAUAAUCGCUUCCUCUCACGGAUUGGUGUGCUUGUGUGGUUUUGCUUAUGAGCUCAAGAAGCAUCUUAUUAUUCUUUGGAACCCAUCAAUUAGGAAAUCUGUUGAAAUUGUAUUUCCUUAUACAUUGAAUGCUCUGGGUUUUGGGGUUUGUCCUAAAACUAUGGACCCUAAGAUUGUCAACAUUAUCCGUGAAGCUAACGCUCAAGUUUAUACAUUAAGCUCUGGGGCUUGGAGACACAUAUCAAUCAAUCUGCGUGUGCCCGGGACCGGGUUUAGCUUUAGAUCUUAUCAUGAAGUUAUAGAUGGGAUUAUUUAUUGGGUUACUUGUAAUGAGAGUGGAUCUUGUGAUAAGAUAAUUUCAUUUAAUUUGACAAGUGAAGAAUUUGGAUUGAUAGAGGUUCAAGAUAGUUUAGAAGACCCUGGACAUCUAUGCAUCUCUAAGGUUAAGGAGUCUGUUGUUGUGCUUAAUUACGAUAAAUCAGACGAAGCUUGCGGUGUAUGGAUGAUGACCAAAAAUGUUGAUCCAAAAUCAUUGCUUAUAAAAUUAUUCACUGUGAGUUUUAAGGCAUUUCAUGAUUCGAUAUAUCAUAGAAUUGUUGGAUUUAGGAAGAAUGAUCAACCGAUAAUUGAACACCAUCGUAGAAGGUAUGGUUUUCGAUUAACAACACUUGAAGUUUAUGAACCCUGCACGGAACAGAGCAAUGAUAUUGGGACUGAUUUGUGCUUCAUGAUAAAUAAUGAUUCGCGCUUCAUGACAACCUUCCACACAGAAUCACUACUUCUGCUUAAUCAUCCUGGUUCCAUCGCUCAUUGAUGUUGGCCGUGUGAUACACACCACGUUGCCAACAUCUACGUUGGUAGUAGCAGUAGAGUUAAUUAGGAGGUUAAUUUUAUUUUCAUUUUAGUAGGAAUCCAGUUUCUCCAUAUUAUUAGUUAGUGGUAGUGGUAGCUAUUUCCAUUUUGUUUGUUAUUUAUAUUGAAAGUUUGACGGAAUGAAAUGAUUAGAAAAUUGCAACAGUUGUUCA